AUGGCCGAAAUGAUCUCGAGCGCUGCCACAGGUGUGUUGGGCUCCGUCAUCGACAAGCUGGCCGCCAUGCUCAACGACAAGUACAACCUCGCCAGAGACGUCAAGCAAGGGAUCCGGUCCCUGCAAGACGAGCUGCGCACCAUGGAAGCCAUGCUGCUAAGGCUCGAAGACAAGGACGACGACCAGAUCGAUCCACUCGCCAAAGACUGGAGGAGCAAGGUGCGUGAGCUGUCCUACGAUAUUGAGGAUUGCAUCGACCGUUUUGUGCUCAAUCACAGCCAUGGAGAUGGAGGUUCCACGGCCAACUUCGUGCACAAGGCCAUUCAAAUGGUGAAAACGUUGUUCAAGGACAGAGGAAUAGCAGAGGAGAUCCGACGACUCAAGAGGCUCGUGAGCGAGCAGAGCGAGCGGGGGAAACGCUACUACGACAUCAAUCAGUGUCUCCUCGCCUCUUCAUCUCAGCCAGUGCUCUUGGAUCCUCGAGCACCUGCACUCUUUCAGGAGGCCAGGGAUCUUGUUGGAAUCGAUGCUCCUCGUGAGGAGAUCAUCAGCUUAUUGAGAUGUGAAGACAAGGAGCACAAGGUGGUGUCCAUCUAUGGGAUAGGUGGACAGGGGAAGACCACUCUCGCCAUGGAGGUGUACAACAAAAUCACUGAAGCUGCUUUUGAUAGCCGGGCUUUUGUGUCUGUAUCACAAACUCCAGAUAUGAAGAAACUUCUUAGAGAUAUAUUGUCUCAAAUAAGCCAGAGACAUUGUGACCAGCCACAGAUGUUAGAGACAGUUGAGCAGCUCAUCCGCACAGUGAAAGAAUGCUUAAAGGACAAGAGGUACUUCAUCUUGAUUGAUGAUAUCUGGAAUGUCGAUGCAUGGGAGCUUGUACGAUCUGCCUUAUCUCACAAUGACAAUGGAAGCAGAAUUAUUACUACAACACGCAUUGAAUUAGUAGCCAAAUCUUGUUGUACUGGUAUUGCUGCACAAAUGUAUCAAGCAAAGCCCCUUAGUCACGAGGACUCCCAAAGAUUAUUCUUUAAGAGGCUAUUUUUGUCCGGUGAUGAUUGCCACCCAGAUUUGAGGAAAGUAUCCGAUGAUAUUUUAAAGAAAUGUUGCGGCUUACCACUAGCCAUAAUCAGUAUAGCUUGUUUAUUAGCAAACAGAAGCAAAGCCGUGGAUGUCUGGGUCAAUGUAUUGAGGUCUAUUGCUACUGCAGUUGACAAAGAUUCUCCCAUUGAUAAGAUGAAAAGAAUUCUGCUGCUGAGUUACGUUGACCUUCCUCACCAUCUAAAGAGCUGUUUGUUAUAUCUGACCGAAGGACUGAUUCCUGGACAGGAUAGGGAAAGUAUGGAGCAGCUAGGGAGAAGUUACUUGAAUGAGCUCAUCAAUAGAAGUUUGGUGCAGCCAACCAAGGUUGGGGGACACGGCGCAAUAGUGAAACAGUGCAGAGUUCAUGAUGUCAUACUUGAUUUCAUUGUAUCAAAGGCCGAGGAGGACAACUUUGUUACUAUAUGGAAUGGUCAGUUGAAGUACUUGAAGUCCAGCAAGCUUCCAGAAGAUAUAGAAAAGCUGCAACGUCUAGAGACACUAGACAUGAGAUGGGCCAGGCUUGAAAACCUACCAACAUGUAUUAUCCAGUUGCAUAAGUUGGUGCGCCUUUUUGUCCAUUCGUCGGUGCGCCUACCCGAUGGAAUCGGAAGUCUGCAGGCGUUGGAAGAGCUAUCAACGAUCAAUUUGGGCAUUCAAUCUCUAAAGUUUAUCCAAGGACUCGGAGAUCUGACCAAUCUAAAAUUACUUAAAAUUGAUUGGUCAUGCUCUACUGAAUUACGUGAUAUGGAGGAUCACAAGGAAGCAUGUAUCUCAACGCUCUCCAGGCUGUUCAAUCACCUACGAGAACUACGUGUGUGGCAGAGUCAUCCUGCCACAUGUUCAUUCAUGGCUUCGUGUGUCCCUACUUCACCACCACUUCAACAGCUUGUUCUUAAUACACGUGACUUAAAUAGGGUGGGCCCUCAAAUCAGCUCACUAGUCAACCUGACCCGCCUCCGCAUUCGUGUCCUUGGUGAAGCAGACAAGGAUGGAAUAAAUAUCCUAGCAAGUUUACCCAUGCUGCUAUCUCUUACUGUUGGCUUAUUCAAUGACGAAGAGGGAGAUUCAGGCAACGUCUACCCAAGGCAUGCAAUCAGCAGACAAGGAUUUCAGCGUUUGCUCAAGUUUCAUUUCCACUGUUUUUGGUGUGACCUGGCAUUGGAGUUUGAGCCAGGAGCCAUGCCAAAGCUCCAAAGGCUCAAGCUGGGACUGAUGGCACGGUGCCAGUUCAAGUACGGUGAAGGUGGCCUCGUCCUUGGGCUGCAGAACCUGGCAGGGCUCAAACAUCUGGCUAUAGAUAUUAACUGCGACGCUGCUGUCGCUGACGAGGGCCACAAGAAAGCAUGUACCUCAUUGCUCUCCAAGCUGUUCACGCGCCUGCGAGAACUGCGCAUGUGGGGGAGUGAUGCUGAUGCCACACGUCCAUUUAUGUCUUCGUGUGUCCCUACUUCACCACCACUUCGAAAGCUUGUUCUUAAUACACGUGACUUAAAUUGCAUGGGCCCUCAAAUCAGCUCACUAGUCAACCUGACCCGCCUCCGCAUUUUUGUCCGUGGUGAAGCAGGCAAGGAAGGAACAAAUAUUCUAGCAAGUUUACCCAUGCUGCUCUCUCUUACUGUUGGCUUAUUCAAUGACAAAGAUGGAGAUUCAGGCAUCGUCUACCAAAGGAACGCAAUCAACCCACAAGGAUUUCAGCGUUUGCUCAAGUUUCAUUUCCGCUGUUAUUGGUGUGACGCGGCAUUGGAGUUUGAGCCGGGAGCCAUGCCAAAGCUCGAAAGGCUCAAACUGCACCUGAUGGCACGGUGCCAGUUCAAGUGGGAAGGUGGCCUGGUCCUUGGUCUGCAGAAUUUGGCAGGCCUCAAACAUGUCGACGUCGAUGUUGACUGCUCUGCUGCUGUUGCUGAUGAGGUGUAG